AUGUUUGAAAAGGUGGGUAAAGCUGAUAAUACGCGGUUUUCUUGCUUCCCGUUGCUCGCGAAAAAACAAGAAAAUAAGAAGCGACUUGUCGCUUUCAAAGGCACUCAGCGGAAUCUUAGAGUGAGAAAGAGAAAGAAGGCAUCGCGUCGUCACGGUUACGGUUCUUGCAGGCUCGAACAACCCCUAAGACUCAUUGUCGAUUCGCAACCAGACUCGAACCAGCGGACCAUUUCCAUUCUCGCGAUUCAAACCCACCUGCGAAACACCGGGUUUUUCAAUUUUCCUCGAGGAAUUCGGAACGACUUGAACGCGCGAUUAACUCCCAUACCAGAGCCACAUCGGACGAUUUUCUUGUUGCCGUUACUGGCGGCAGUUCUGGCCGAUCCCCAAGGACCCGCGUACCUUCCUCCGACUGGGAAUUCCCCGGGAAGACCUGCCGCCGGCCAUCCCGACGAAUGGGCUGGCGAUCCAGCGAACUACGAAUUCUCGUACGAGGUUCAGGACGCAGCAUCAGGUCUAGACUUUGGUCACCGCGAAAUGCGGAAGGACGACGAGGCGACCGGAAGCUACCACGUUUUGCUGCCGGAUGGUAGAACCCAGAUAGUCGACUACGUGGCGGACGGCGGUGGGUAUCGUCCGAUGGUUCGCUACGAGGGAACAGCCUCGUUUCCGGCCCCAGGUGGUCAAGGCGGAAGUGGCGAGGGCUACAGAUACUAGGAACCAGAAUCGAAGACUUUAGCAAAAUCGUCGAUCAGUGUCCGCGCGUUUCCGAUCAAUUACCUGGCUCCUAUCACUCGUCCCUUAGCA